AUGAGCCUGGCAACCAACAGCAGCAUCUCUGGCCCUUCAGGUUCAAACUCAGGCAGCAGCGGUGCAGGAAGUGGCUCAGGUGGAGGGAGUGUAAUAUGGGUAACCCCUCUUUUGGGUGCCACCCUCAUCAUCAUGUGCAUCCUCGGUGUGUCGGGCAACCUGUACACCUUGGCCAUAAUGCGUUCAGCUGCGCUGCGCCGUGCAGGCUCCAUGCAUGUCUUUAUCAUUAAUCUGGCGGCAGCUGACCUGCUCUACCUGGCCACCAUUCCAUUCGUGGUGUGCACCUACUUCGCCCACAACUGGUUCUUUGGUGAGACCGGCUGCCGGGUGCUCUUGAGCCUGGACCUGCUCACCAUGCACGCUAGUGUUUUCGCACUAGUUGCUAUGAGCCUGGAGCGCUACCGUGCUGUGGCUACCCCAUUCCGUGCCCGCCGCCAUUCAACCAUCCGCCGCCACUGGUUGGUGGCUCUGGGAAUCUGGGCUGCAGCCUUUGUCCUGACGCUACCCAUGAUGGUAAUGAUCAGGCUGCGAGAGGGCCGUGCUGGACCGGGCGGCCUGGUCAAGCGCAUCUGUUUCCCCACAUGGAAGCUGGAGGCCUUCAAAGCUUACCUGACCGUGCUCUUCUUCACUAGCAUGCUGGUGCCUGGAUUGGUCAUGGUAGGGCUAUAUGCCGGGUUAGCAAGACGCUACUGGACAGCACAGGCUAACCUGACCCAAAGAGGAGGAGCAGGAGCUGGACGCAGGACAAGGCUCAAACACAAAGUGGUGGCCAUGAUCUUCAGCAUCGUGGUGGCCUACUGGGCCUGCUUCCUACCUUUCUGGGGCUGGCAGAUGGCCAAGCUCUUUUCAUCGGAGUCGCUGCGGUCGCUCUCGCCUGCUGCCCACACUUACGUCAACUUCUUUGUCACCUGCCUGACCUACGGGAACAGCUGUGUGAACCCGCUCCUAUACACUCUACUUACUCGCAAUUACAAAGACUAUUUGGCCCAAAGGGGUCAGCCCUCAGGCUCCAGUCGAGCCGAUCAGGGGUCAGCUGCAGUGGUCAAUGCAUGA